UUAGAAAAUGUUUGUUUCUCUUGGUUACGCUUACACACUAGCAAAUAGCAAUACAGCCAUCCCUUGGCUACAUCGACUUCCUCGAGCUAAACAUCGUAGCCAUCGCCACCGCCACCGGCUGCCGAUUCAGAUCAACGAUGGAAGUCGCCGGCGAGCCCAUCAGAAUCCAAUCCCUAGCCCAAUCUGGCCUCACCCAAGUCCCUCCCCAAUACAUCCAACCUCCUCACCACCGCCCCAACAACUCCUCUCCCUCACACUCGCCGCCCAAAACUAUCCCAACAGUCGACCUAUCCGGAUUUGAUCCGACCCGAAGAUUCUCCGUCCGGGAAUCAAUCGGCCGGGCCUGCCUCGACUGGGGCGCCUUCCACGUCACCGGCCACGGCAUCCCCACCGACCUCCUACGCGCCAUAAAGCGCGUGGGUCUCACCUUCUUCAACGACUGCCCCGCCUCCGACAAGCUCAGGUACGCGUGCGACCCAACCGCCUCGGCCUCGGAGGGGUACGGCAGCUGGAUGCUGGAGCGGGACGACACCGUUUUGGACUGGAGGGACUACUUCGACCACCACACGCUCCCUUUAUCCCGCCGCGACCCCACGCGCUGGCCCCACUUCCCGGAGGAAUACCGGCGCGUGGUGGCGGAGUACGCCGAUCGCGCGUCGGCGCUGGCGAGGGAGCUGCUGGGGCUGUUGUCGGAGAGCCUGGGGCUUCCGACGAGGUGUAUGGAGGAGAAAGUUGGGGAGUUUUAUCAGAAUAUCACGAUCAGCUAUUACCCGCCGUGUCCUCAGCCGGAGCUGACGUUGGGCCUGCAGGCCCAUUCCGAUAUGGGCUCGAUCACGUUGCUGGUCCAGGAUGACGUCGGUGGCCUCGAGGUUCUCAAGGACGGAGAGUGGGUCGGUGUUAAUUCUUUUGAUGAAGACGCCAUUGUCGUCCUUUUGGCAGACCAAACUGAGAUUAUAAGCAAUGGAAAGUACAAAAGUGCUGAACAUCGGGCCAUCACUAAUUCCUCACGGGCACGCCUUUCGGUUGCUACAUUUCAUGAUCCGGCCAAGACAGUCAAGAUAUCCCCCGCUUCUCAACUCAUCAGCGAGUUCGUUCCUCCUCGGUUCCGGGAAGUCGUUUAUGGCGAUUAUGUCUCAUCCUGGUAUACAAAGGGCCCUGAAGGAAAGCGAAACAUUGAUGCCCUCCUGCUUGAAUCUUGAUUUAUUCGGUUCAAAGUCGAUCAUUUCAUUUUCACCAGGCAUGAAUUCUUGCAGUUGAUCAAAAAUAAAGCAGAGAUCAAGAUUUUGGUCUCUCUGGAUAACUUGUGGCCGUUUUGUUGGAUGUCAUCUUUUUCCCUAUGAUGAGGAUGAGAAUGAACACAAACAAAGACAUCUCUUUCUUUCGUUCUUGUGUUUCUAGCUCUCAGAUUUCCAAACAGCCUUUAAUAGUAUUUGGACAAACGGGUAAAGAGAGUACCCAUAAUAUCAUAGCUGAUCAACAGUAUGUGAAGAAAAGGGUAAUUUGCACAGGCACGACUUGAAUUUUUUGUCAUUUCUUUUUCAAGUUGGACCUUACACUUUUAUUUCUUGGUAUUCAAGACUCUAAAAUUUGACAUUGA